AUGCUGGUGGCAAAGAAUGAACCUGCCCCUCAAAAUGUGAUUAUGAUGAUCAGUGAUGGAUUUGGUCCUGCUUCAGAGGCCUAUGCUCGUCAAUACCACAGCUGGGACCAAGGACUUGGCUACAAGGCAAUGCUCCCCUUGGAUACUAUUCUUGUAGGUUCAAGUCGAACCCAGAGUUCGUCUAGCAUGAUCACCGACAGCGCAGCUGGUGCAACUGCAUUUGCCUGUGCACAAAAGUCGUACAACGGAGCUAUUGGCGUGGACUCAAAGGGUGUGCCUUGCGGUACUGUGCUUGAAUCAGCCAAACUCCACCGAAACAUGCUGACAGGUCUUGUGGUGACUUCUCGCAUAACCCACGCCACCCCUGCCUCUUUCUCUGCCCACGUACUUGGUCGCGAUUCAGAGAAUGAUAUUGCUUCUCAACAAAUCGGUUUCAACCCCCUUGGUCGUACUGUUGACUUGAUGUUUGGUGGUGGAGCGUGUGAAUUUACAUCCAACCUAACUGAACACAGUUGCCGACUUGAUACUCGUGAUCUGUUUGAAGAAGCUAAGGAGUCCUUUGGCUGGACCGUUAAGCGCACUCGUGAAGACUUUGAUGAAAUUGAGCCUUCUGAUGCCGAAUUACCCUUGAUGGGUUUGUUCGCACCUGAUCACAUGUCCUAUGAAAUCGACAGAGACUCCUCAAAGCAGCCUUCUCUUAAAGAAAUGGCCAAAAAGGCACUUGAGAUUCUCAACGUUGCAUCCAAGAAGCAGGGCACUGGCUUUUUCAUGAUGAUUGAAGGUAGCCGAAUUGACAUGGCUGCUCAUACAAACGACCCAGCUGCCCAUGUCCAUGAAAUCUACGAAUACAACCAGGCUAUUCUCGCUGUCAAGGAAUUUGUUGAUGCAAACCCCAACACUGUUGUCAUUUCUACCAGUGACCAUGAAACAGGUGGAUUCACGAUUGGUCGUCAAAUCGGCAAAGACUACCCAGAGUACAAGUGGAAUCCUGAGGUUAUUAAGCGUGUACAGCAUUCAUCCCAAUAUUUGGCUGGUAUAUGGCGUAAGGAAAUUGAUGCCAGUGACGAGGAUUAUUCUGCCAAGGUCAAGGAAUUUUUGGUUACCGUGAUUUUGCGUGAUGGACUUGGUAUUGAUAACCCCACCGACGAAGAGCUUGAGCGCCUUAUGAGCUGGAAGGGUAGCAACAAGUGGACAGAAGAGCUGGCCUAUGACCUCACUGAUAUGGUUAGCCGACGUGCAUUACUUGGAUGGUCUACUCAUGGUCAUACUGCCGUAGACGUUAAUCUGUAUGCUUAUGGUCAUCAGAGCGAGAAGCUCAGAGGUAACCAUGAGAACACCGACAUUGGAGAUUUCAUUGUUGAACAAUUAGACCUGAAUCUUGAGGAUAUUACCGAGCGCCUUAAGAGCCACGAUUCGUUUAAGGAGUUUGGAGUUAAUAACAUCGAAAAUUCCAACACCACUACAAACAAGCACAAAUAUCACCACCUUUAA